GUCACUUCUAUAUUUGACAGCUGUGAAAAUAACGAAAAUUUAUUUCAGUUUUCAAUUUUUUUACAAAACACGCUUCUAGAAACUUUGCUAAUAAAAACGUGUUUUCGAAAGCAUUGCGUAUAGAAUUAAACAAAAAUCCAUUGAAUAUCCUUAGUGUGUUGCUGAUUGGCACGUGGUAAUUAAAUUCCAGAAAAGAUGUCGAGUAAGUCGAAGUCGAAGGGAAAGCCACCACCAAAGCUGCCGCCACAGCUCUUUUUCAAUCAUCGUCAGAUGGCGCUGCGUAACGUCGCAGUUGCAGCUGGCUCAGCACUGUUCGCAGCCUUGGCUUUCAACUUACUCCAUAACAAACCACGCAAGAAGAAGUAUCGCGACUUUUACAGCAAUUACGACUGGGAGAAAUCAUUUUUGCGCAUGGCAGAAGGUGGUUAUUUACACUCCUGUCCACCUUGUUCUUUGAAGGAUGACGAGGAAAAAGAUGAUGCCGAUAAGAAGAAGAAAAAGUAAAUUUUAAAAUGUUUUCCUAAGGCAACAAAUGGAUUGUAUGA